UAAUCUAAUUCUUAAAAAAAUGUAAACAAAAAUAAUUUAAAUUAGAAAAAAAAUUGAACAGCAUCCCAUACUGGCCGAUGCUAGAUCUCGCAGCAUCUUUUUUCCUGCUUGCUCGCCAGACGGCACGGCGAUGAGAGACACGACACGAGUUACGCCAAUCUCAUCGACGUGGCACCUUGUUUCGAGUCAGUGGUAGCCGGUUGGAUUAGUUGGAGUUGUUGGCGUGGUGAAGAGUUGUACAGGUUGGAAGGCGCAUUUUCCAACCAACGUCCGUCGUGGAGUUGUCACAGUUGUGUUAAAGAGACACGCAAACUCACAAAAUGAAUAAGAUUAUUGUCCUGUGCGCGUUAACGGGUAUAAUUUCCGUGGCUUACGCCGAGACGUGUCAGAAACCCGAAAUUGUCGCGUCGUCAUAUGUGACGGAAGACGCGACUGUCCUCACGAACGUCGCCUUUACCAUGCAAUUCGUGUUGAAGUGCAGUAACGGCGUAAAGGGAAUCAGUUUGUACGCCGAGGUCGAGGGCAAGACAUUGCCGGCAGUUAGAUUGAGUGCUGAUAAUAAAUACCAGAUAUCUUGGACAGAAGAUGUUAAGAAAGCAAGAUCUGGCGAUUACUACAUAAAACUGUAUGACGAGGAAAAGUAUGUUGCUGUUCGUAAAGCAAUAAGAAACGGAGAAGAUCCUGAUAGUGUGAAUCCUUUGGCAGUGGUUGUUCUUAACAAUCCGGGUGUUUUUCUUGGCCCUUGGGUAAAUUCCGAAUUCUUAGCUGCUUUCUUGGCUAUUCUUGUAUCCUACUCGGCGUUCUCUGCAAAGUACAAACUUCUAGCGUAGAAAAUUUUUUGUUACUAAAAAAAAUAAACAUUUAAACAAAAUA